UGAGACACUAAUACGCAAUUGCGUUUGCCUAUGUUAUUUUGAAAUCAGAAUGCGGUUCAUACCGUACAUUUUCCUCCUGGGCAUGGUCACAGGCGAAGAUGUUCGCUUUGAUUGUCAUCCAGAACCUGACGCUAGCGAGGUAGUGUGUAAAAGGAGACGUUGCAUUUGGAAAGAGGACAAUGCUACGGAAGGUAUACCGUACUGCUACAUGCAACCCAAAAUCGGUUAUAAGUUUCUGAAUAAAAUAAGUGAUGUGAUAACACUCACCAAGAGCGGGGGAUUAGAGAAUCCGUGGGAUAAAGAUAUCAAGGAGAUAUAUUUUGCUUCAAAAUACAUUGGCAAAACCCUUAAUGUUAAAAUUUACGUUCCUGAAAGAUACGAGCCACCACUUGAUCUGCCCAACAGUGUAUCUGAGUCAAAUGAAGAGUUAGAGCUUACCACAUAUGACGAGGAUGAUCCAUUUUACUUCACAGUCACUCGUAAAUCCACACAAACGAAGUUGUGGGAUACUUCAUUGGGCGGUCUAAUCUUUUGCAAUCAAUUUAUACAAAUUGCAACAAAACUGCCAUCGGAGGAAAUGUAUGGAUGGGGCGAAAAUACCCAUGCAACGCUAAAACAUAGAUUUGAUCGUUACACCACUUGGGCAUUGUUUGCGAGAGACGAAUGGCCUUAUUCGGAAGAAUUAACCACUAAGAAUCUCUAUGGUGUACAUCCGUUCUACAUGAUGUUGGAAGAAGACGGAAAGGCACAUGGUGUCUUUAUACUCAACAGCAAUGCACAGGAAAUUGUUACGGCACCUGGACCUUCACUAAUCCACCGCACUAUCGGCGGUAAUUUGGACAUGUACUUCUUCCCAGGUCCUACUCCAGAGGAAGUAACUCAGCAGUAUUUAGCCUUAAUAGGUAAACCAAAUUUACCAGCUUAUUGGGGCCUUGGCUUUCAGAUCUCUCGAUGGGGUUACGAAAAAUUCACAGAUUUGAAAAAUGUAGUCGAAAGGAACAUUCAAGCAGGAGUACCUUUUGAUACGGUUGUAGGAGACAUUGAUUACAUGGAUCGACGCAAAGACUUCACGAUUGGGAAGGUUCGAAAAGAGUUUCCUGCUUAUGUUGACCAACUGCACAAUCGUGGAAUGCGUGUGGUGUUGAUGUUUGAUCCAGCAGUUCAAGUAAAUUAUGAACCAUUCGAAAGAGCAAUGACAGCAAAGGCAAAAUUUGUUGAGUGGGAACGCCAGGACCAAGUGAUGACCUCGAUUAAUAGCUUGUACCCUCUGGUGAAUGGAACAAGAAUUAUGCUCGGUCUCGUGUGGCCUGACAACCAUACUGCUUUCCCCGAUUUCCUUGAUCCCAGCGGCAAUACUGAGAAAUGGUGGAUUGACGAAUUGGUCAGAUUCAAACAGGAGAUUGAUUAUGAUGGCAUUUGGAUUGAUAUGAAUGAGCCGGCAAACUUUGAAACAAACGGAAACGAAUGGUGGUCUCUAAGGUGUCCAACGGAUGAAGGCACUAUAGAUGCUCGUUGGGACAUGCCCCCGUAUAAAACUCACAAUGUGUGGGUAUUUGGCAAGAACGCGUACUUGGCUACAAAAACUUUAUGUAUGUCAGCAGUGCAAGCCAAUGGAACUCUCCGUCACUACGAUGUCAAGAAUCUCUAUGGCUGGAGUGAAUCGAAGAUAACACAAAAGGGGCAAUAUGAAGCUGUAGGAAAGAGGGGAAUUGUGAUAUCAAGAUCCACGUUUGCCUCAAGUGGGCGCUACUGUGGCCACUGGCUUGGCGAUAAUUCAGCAACAUGGGAUGAUCUACGCUCAGCCGUAAUUGGAGCUCAGGAGUUUAAUCUAUUUGGCAUACCAUAUAUCGGUUCUGAUAUCUGCGGUUUUAACCGACCAACCGAAGAGGAGCUAUGCCUCAGAUGGCAUCAAAUGGGAGCCUUCCAUACAUUCAUGAGAAAUCAUAAUUCUCUCGACAUGCCACCGCAAGAUCCGGCAAAUUGGGCAAGUGUAGCAGAAGCAACCAAAAAAGCCACUCUUUUCCGUUACAGCUACCUACCCUAUCUAUAUAGUUUACACUUUGAAGCUUCUAUAAAUGGCGGAACCGUCAUCCGACCAGUUUUCUACGAGUUCCCUGCAGAUAGUAAAACACAUGACCUUAGCUACGAGUUCCUCUGGGGUAGCUCCAUGCUCAUUGCUCCAGUUGUGCAUCAGGGAGCUACAAGUGUAAAAGCAUACUUGCCUAAGGAUGACUGGUACUCUGUGUUUGACUACCACUAUGGGCAACGCGUAUGGGAAGGGGAACAAAUUUUCCCCGCUCCAUGGGAUUCGUUGAUUCCUGUCUUUAUUAGAGGCGGGGCUAUAAUUCCUUGCCAAAAGCCCAACAUAACCACAGAUUACACUAGAAAAAAUGCAUUCAAGCUAGUAAUCGUUCCAGGCACGCGCACAAGUCGUUCUCCUGAUAGCGCUUACGGCUUCCUUUAUUGGGACGAUGGUGAGAGCAUAGUCGAAUCAUUCGAAACGUAUUUUUAUUAUCACUGGAGAUUCACUUACAAACAAAGCGAGCUCGAGGCAACGCUGACAAUAGAAAUGGAACACGAGGCGAAUAAUCUACAAAUUCCCACACUGGAUACUGUGGAAAUUUUCAACUACAAAUAUCCUAUCAAUUUGGAAAAGCAGAGAUUUAUGUUGAAUGGCAACGAGGUAGAGAUAGACAGGAAGGCUUCAAAAUUCAAUUUGGAUGACAGAGUUCUUUUCAUCACAAAGAAGAACUUUAUUGACAUGUCAGCGGAAAAGACUAUGGAGCUAUCAUGGAAAACUAAUGAUGCCAUCGAUGCUUCUUCAAUAGCAGAAGCUCAAUUAUGCCUGCUCUUCUCAAGUCUCAUGCUUUUCAAACUUUUGUAA